GAUGAUACAUCUGUUCAUUCUAUUUUCUUAUUUCAUUUGGUAGUAAACAAAGGACAUUUGAAGUAUUAUAAAACCGUAUCUUCCAUAGACCGUUCUUAUUUGUUUAAAACAGUUGAUAACUAUUUUGACGGUUAUUCUUGCAACUGUCAUCGUAUUCCUUCUUGCAAUCGUUAUCAUGUACUUUGUCUAUCUUAUCAUGAAACGUCGAUCUGAAAAGAUAAAUUUAGCGAAUGGUUCGAGCGAUCCAGUGCUAACCAAAUCAUCGUUGGGGCCCGCAGAAAAUGGGGCAGUGUACCAGAAUACCAACUUUUCCAACGAUGAGUUAAUGCCCCCAAGCGCAGACAGUCACGAAGAUGUUUAUGCAACUGUAAAUCAAAAAAAUAAAACGACAAAUAAAAAAAGCGGCGAAUUCCUUACGGGGUCUCAGGAGCCGCUGCACGACACAACGUCGACAUAAUGUUUCAUCACUAACUUCCAAGUUCUUCCGCUUUUUCACUUCUGUUUCAGUUUUAAUGACGAUUUUAUAUUCUUUAUUUCUUGAUGCUCCUUUGUUUUCUUCCUACUACAUUUAAAGCGCUCAGUUUUGUUUACCAGCUGUGUUAUAAUGGUAAAGAUUUUCUGGGUAAUUGAUACGACGGUAUCCUUUCAUUUUAUGUAUAAUAAGGUUGUUUUCACUGCCUUAUAUUUAAGUUCAAGCCAUAACUGUAUUCCGAAUCCAGUAACAACGUUUGGUGUAAGGUUUAGUAAAUCUAUAGAAAGCUAUUUCUGCAAUUGAAGUUGAUAAAAAUUAACCUUAUAUAACAUGCUUUUUUUACGGGGGGAGUGACGGUUUACUAUUUUGCAAUUUAUUAUUCUAUUUUGUUUGUUUUCACCAUAUCUUCAUAUAACAUAUAUUUGUUUAAAAAUUGAUUGCUUAUAUUUUAUCUGUUUAAUUGAUAAAGUACGAAUAAGAGCGCAACUUUGGCAUAUAAAGAUUUGGUGUGAAAUCUGUAACAUAUCUGAAAUAUAAAGCUGUACUUUUUUCUCCUUUAAAUAUGUGAAAAAUGCCUGUGCACUAUGACGUCCUUAAUAUUUCUUCGCUUUGCAAGUUAAUUAUUAAACGAGGCUUCGUUGUUUAAGUUAAUGGUUUCAGCUAGCAGUUGCGGUGUUCAUUAUUUUGAAAUGAAGGCUUUAGUUGCUCUGUUCUAUAUUGUGACCGCUCUUUGCGUGAAUACAUUUGGAAAUACAAACAUUGACAACAACGCUAAUGUCACGACCGUAUGUGGAACCAGAAUGUUCGGUCGUGACGUCAACGCUGUGAGAUCAUGCAUGACCGCCUACGCACUUCAACACAAUUGGUAUCCGUCGCCGAUCGCUGGACUCUUUAGCUACCAAACAUGGAACGGGUUUGAUGGUUUCUGGCAGGAUGGUGCCGUGUUGGAAACUUUGGCAAACUUUAUGCAUUACGCCAACAAUUCAAUGUUUAAAACUGUGGUGACGGGUUCGAACAGAGAUGUAUACAGUUUGAUUGAAGCGUACUAUCCACAACCAUCCUUCGAUGAUAUGGCCUGGUAUGGGCUCAGUUAUAUCAGAAUACACGAGCUUCUUGGUUCUAGUGAUGACAAUACUUCUGGAUUUAUUUAUUCUGCUAGAAAGAUUUUUGAUUGGGUUUGGGAAAAUGGUUGGGAUAAAACGCAUUCAUGUGCCGGGGGUAUUUGGUUUGAUCAGACACAGGCGAGCAAACAAAAUGUUGAAAACGCUCAGAUGCUCCAGCUAAGUUCGAAGCUUUUCAGACACACAAACGACACCACUUUGUUGGAUAAAAUCAAGCUAAUUAUGAAAUUUAUUGAAGUGAACGGUUUGAUCAAUGAAACAAGUUACAUGGUAGCAGACGGGGUCACAAAUAACUGCACAAAUAAUGAGGUGUAUGGACCUACUUACAACAUGGGUCUGAUAAUAGGCGGAUUGGUGGAAGCCGCUCCCAUAUUAAAUCGCACCAACGAACUUAUACCUCUCGCACAUAAAGUGGCACAAGCGACGAUUGCUCAUUCCACGAAAGACGGAAUUUUGGUUGAAUAUUGUUUUCCUAACUGCGAUGACGAUGCCAAAAUGUUUAAAGGAAUUUUUCUUCGCAAUUUGCGCUAUUUGAUCGAUUACUCGAGAGAAAACGACCCUGAAAUAUGGAAAGAAAAUGUUGAGGCGUAUGUCAAGUUUAUCCGGCUAAACAGCGACACAGCGUGGACUUACAAUAGAUGCGAGCCAAUUAAAGAUAACUGCACUGUGUUAUACAAAGAUGGCGUGUCGCUACAUAAUACUACAUCCGGGCCGGUCUUCGGAAUCGAAUACAGUGGUCCGUUUAAUUACACUGCUCCGAUACAACAGACAGCUGUGCUGGAUUUGUUUGUUUCUGGGAUUGGUGUCGAUGUAAAAUGUACCGGAGAGUAUUGUAAUUUUGACCCCCCGGUGCCAGGUCCCAACCCUCUUACUUGUCAAGACAACCCUUGCCCACCAGACCAACCGUGUUGUUCGUAUUACAACGAGUAUUAUACGUGUUGCGAAUCUGUGCAAAAAUGCGUUAACGGAGAAUGUGUUUGAUCCCAUGAGUGCCUCCAGCAACGUUAUUCUGUAACAUUUAUUUUAAUUUGUUUUACCCCAUCAGUGUUAUGUAUGUAUGGCAUUACUUUGUUACCAAGCCGCCAUUCGUGUUCUUCCUGAUCUCAUAGAAUUCAAAUAUCAAUAUGUAUUGUGCUUUUAAAACUAGAAUGAUCAUAUUGAAGUAAAUCUAUAACACUUGUCGUCUUGCGAGGCUUUAAUUUAAUAGGAGCAUACCUUGGUCUAAAGUUACAUCGUUUUGUUUCAUGGCCUUUGUUCAUUAUUUGAUGAAAGUGUUGUGGAAUGAAAAGACGGUAUAGUCAU